AUGGACAGUGUCUGUUUCCUUGUUUUAGUGUUUCGUGGAUUCUGGACCCUUCUGAUCAUAGCUGCACUGGUCUCAGCUCUGACUGGAGGCUCGCUGCUGAUCUGUGGUGUUCCCUACUUCAGCCAGAAACUUUACAAAGUGGGCGGGGCCUUUCUUAUUGCUGCUGCCGGCUUGUUCCUGGUUAUGCUUCUGCUCUUCGUGCUGUGGAUGGAGGUGGUAGAUGUGAAGCGCUACAUUCUGCAGGAGAAGGGAGAAAAUUGUCCAAAAGCUGAGGUUUCCUUAUUCUACGGACUUUCUUUCAUGGUGGCAGCCACUGGUAUUCCACUGGAGGCGGUAUCUGGGCUGCUCUUCCUGAUGUGCGGCCGUGCGCUGGAGGCCAGGAGAUGAGCCAUGUGACACGCUAAAAUAAGGGACUGCUUUCUUAUUGUUUGGCACAGAUGUUCAGCAAUGCAUUUAUGGGACAUGCAGUGCACUAGAAAACUAUUCAAGCUUAUUUACUUUUUCUUCACGUUUUUUCCUAUUAUCUUAUAUUUCAUAUCUUUAAUCUCAGAUCCAGAGUUUGAGUUGAUGGAAAUACUUAUUGCUGCAGAUCCAGUUGCAAAUGUUUUGGAAUAUGUAAUUUUUUUCUGAUUACUUUCUGCAAAAUAAAGUAACUAAAAGUAGAGAAGUAUAAGAGAAAUUUUACUUGGAUUUUAUAUUUACAAAUGUUUUACCAAUAAAAAUGAUUUUAAAAAUUG